UUUUACCCAUUGCUUUCUGAAAAAAUCUCCCCUCUCAGUGCUUCAAAAUCAAAUGGAAACAAGACGUUCUUCCUCUUCACAGUAAACCCUUUCAUUCAUUCCAAAUGGAGAAGUUUCAACUGGAAAUCUCAAGAAAUUCUUCAUAUCCUACAAUCUUGCAACAACCGAAGGAAAUCGGGAACUUUUCUCAAAAAACCCCCCACCUCCCAUCAGAAAUCGUAACAGAAAUCCUGUCAAGACUUCCUGUAAAGUCGCUCUUGAAAUUCAAGUGCGUUUCAAAAGCAUGGCUUUCCUUAAUCUCCUGUCCAGAAUUCAUUAAAACCCAUCUCAAGAUAGCAUCAAAUGACCCGAAUUUUAGCCGCCACAGAAUCAUGUUCACCAUCUCGGAACCACGUUUUAAUCUGAAAACUUGUUCGCUUAGAUCUUUUUUGUAUGAGCCUUCAACGGAUGCGGUUAAGAUUGGUUAUCCAGGGAGAAAUCCACGAACAUUUGUUCGGGUAGUGGGUUCUUGCAAUGGGCUUAUUUGCAUUGCCAUAACUGAAAAUAAUUUUAUCUUGUGGAACCCAUCCGUUAGAAAAUACAAGAAAUUGCCAAAUGUAAAUGUUGCGAUAAAACCACGGCCAUGUGUCCAAUAUGGGUUUGGUUUUGAUGAGGCUAAUGAAGAUUACAAGGUUGUGGGCAUAUUCGGUAGAUAUGAAAACUUGGGUAGGUAUAAGACAGUGUUGAAGGUUUAUAGUUUGAAGAAUAAUUCUUGGAGGAGGAUUGAGGAUUUUAAGGGUGGGGCGCCUAGGGAUGAUAUGGGCAAAUUUGCUAAUGGGAAGCUCCACUGGUUUGCUAGUCCUUGGGUGGUGCACACCAGUUCGAGAUGGGAUAUUGUUUCUCUUGAUCUAGGGAGUGAGAUAUAUGGAACUGUAGAGCAACCGAAUUACGGGGAAGGAGAUUAUAGCAUGAGUGGAGGAAGGGUUAAGGUUCUUUGGGAUACUCAUGUUGCGCUAUGUGUACAAUCAGAGUUGACAAUUAGACACAUGGGAGGAGGAUCCACGCUGAAUAAAAAAAUCGUGUGUCUCCCUUCAUAUAAGUACAUUGUCAAGCAGGGUUGUCCAUCCCGAUUGUACAAAAAUAAUAAUUCUUUUUCUUAUAUGUGGGAGUCAAAUUUUCAUAUAAAACAUAUGACAGGGCUUCAAGCGCCCUCGACAAGUCGGUUAGCCUUGGUUUCACGGCCAGAUCCAAUGAGCUCUAUCAAUCAAGAGAACUCAGUUGAACACAUAAUUUGUAUUCCAACAAAUGUUCGAACUUCCAAAACACCGGCCAAAAAUCCAGCAGUAUAUCUCUGGCCUAGUUACUGUAAUUGGAAGAAAUUUCAUUGA